AUGGUCAAGGGACGUACUGGGAAAGAUUUGCUCAUGCUGAAUGGUUAUACAUAUUACCAACAUAAGCUGCUGAAAGAUGGAUACAGAUGGAGCUGUACACAAAUGGGAUCCAGGUCCUGUAGGGGCUUCCUGCAUGUGACGAAUGAUAUGCUAGUAAUAAGGGCCCAGACCGAUCACACCCACCCACCAUCAACUUACUUCUUGGAGAACAGGAAAAGACAGAAGAAAGAAAAUGUAUUUGAGUUUUACCUGCGUCCAAACGGCCGUAUCAACCUGCGUUUGAAUAAUUUUACAUUCUACAAACACUUGAAAGCCAGAAGUAAUGCACAUCGCUGGAGUUGCACCGCCUAUGGGUCCAAAUGGAAAUGCAAGGCCCAUCUCAUCAUCACGGACAAACUGGAAGUUCUCAAAGCCAAUGUUUCGCACAGUCAUCCGCCCAGCGUGAAGAAAGAUAUCCGUACGCCUAAUAAUCCUAACUCUCGUCUGUGGAACGGAGCCCUGAUAAAGUAUAUUAAUGGAACACAGCUGUACCUCCUUCAAGGUUACACCUUCAAAAGGAAUGCCGUUAUAAGGAAAGGAACAGCCACCAGGUGGAUUUGUUCGCAGCACAAGAAAUGUCCACUUUACGUACAUUUGGAUAAUGAGUUCAGGGUCAUUCACCUGCCCCCACUAUGUCAUACACAUGAACCACCAAAAUUAUUAAAGAUAAAAACUGGGUUGCGUGAAUUUGACAACGGUAGGAUGAGGUACUGCUUCGGUGGUUACACCUUCUAUAAACACAAACCCAUACUCCGAGGUGACGCGAGUCGAUGGUUAUGCACCAAACGGCAAUGCCCUGUGUAUUUACACUUGGAUAGCGAACUCAACCUCCUGUAUCGACCUUUGAGAGAACAUCCACAUCCCCCCGUUUGUAUUUACAGAAACGCUAGUGGGUGUAACGAUGAGGCAACCACAAGCACUUGUAAUGGUUUAAGAGGUCCACGACGGAAAACUGCUCAAUACUACCGUGAUUAUAGAGCACGGAAGCGAGCGGAGAUGGAAAAAGAGUUAUUGUAUAGAAUAAGUGAUCCUUCUACGAAUGAUAAUUCUGUUAGGAGGACGAGGAAAACAAACGCCGAAUACCAGAGAGAGUACCGAGCACGACUAAAAGCCAAACGUAACAAAAUGCUCAUUGACUCGCUAGCUGUACGUCCAGCAACUUCGACAGGGGGAUUUACUACGAGUCAUCAAUCAACAGUAGUAGACCAACUAACAUCUACUGGGCGACGUACUUCACUCCAUCCAAGCUUCACUUCUGCGAGGAAUACACAUACUUCAGAAGCGGCUUCAUCCGCCACAAGGGCUGGAGAUUCUGGAGCGAAGUUCAUACGACUUAACUCUGGAACUAAGUUGCUUCUGUAUAAGAAGUACACGUUUUCCCGCAGCGGCAACUUAAGAGAUGGUGGCUCCAGAUAUGCCUGCUCCAGUUCAAGCAGCAAGAAGUGCAAGGCUUAUAUCCACGUUAACAAAGACAAUAUAAUAACACUAGCCUUACCAGAGCAUAACCACGAACCCUUGAAAUAUAUGGUCACGAAUGCAGGCUAUGUGCGAAUUAAUCCUAGAUACCCCUAUCAUUAUAACGUCCAAGCAGAAAUCUUUGCUGACGAUUAA